AAACUUUGUGCAAAACUCUGUCAAAUAAGACUAAUUUCCAUACCCAGCAACAGUGUUGCAUUUCCCAUUCACUGCAGUCACAAAAGUGCAGUCACAUUAGAGAUCAAGCCAUUAACGACCAACUCACUUGCCGACGACUCCAACACUAUAGCGAGCAGAUCACCACGAAGUAGAAACUUGUUCUGGCACUUCGGCACUUUGCUGUGGUGAAACUGAUGAGCAAUGUUUUUCUGGCACGCAUGAAUCUACCAUGCCAGCCGGGUGAUCGUGUGUCAGUCGCGAACGAGCAGGGCUACAAUUCAAACAUUUGUAACGGAGUAGAAACGAAAAAUAUUUUUAAAAGCCAGCAAUUAGUGGUGUACCAAUACGCUACAACGACUUUAAUGCAGUUACAUACAAUUUAUGCAUUUACUUGACAAUACCGCAAAGUGGUUUCGAAGUAAUUAAGGAUUUCUUAUAUACAAGAUUAAUUGGCGGUUGAAACUGAUAGAUUGGAAAAAUUACGAUUUAUUUCGAAAAUUGUGUGUUAAUGUUUUUUUGUGAAGUACACUAAAACGUGCAGCAUACUUAACGGUAAAUGUUCUUUUUUCACAAACCAACUAAGUAUUGUUUAAAGUAUUAAUAAAAAAUAUAAAAAAAAUAUUGAAACGAAGCUGUUUGCCGAAUUUUACAUUCAAAGCAAUAAACAAAUAAAAUCAAAUUUUUAAAUGAAGCGCAGCUGUGCUUGCUUAAAUUGUUUUUGUAUCUAAAAAAACAGCAAAAGUAAAAAAGGCUACAGAGCAACCUACUUUCCAAGAGUAAACAAAACGAAUGUGAAAUUUAUAAUGAAAUUAAAAAAAAAAACUACCACGAAAAGCAAUAAAUAAAAUACUCAAAAAGCCACUAACAACAGUCAGCUUACAAAAGUUAAAAAAAAAAAACAACAAAAAUAUAGCUAAGCGCAUCUUCUCUCAUGCAAUAUAAAUACACACACAUACAUACAUAUAUUAAGUACAUAAAUACGUCAAAUAAAAAUAUAAAGUGUAUUAUUUUCACAUUGGGAACACCAUAAAAAGUGACGAGUGCAGUGUCAGCAGAGAAAAAAAAUUGAAAAAUAAAAACAAUUGCAACAAAUGCACAAGUUGAAUCAUUGCAAAUUGCCAUUUUUAACACUAACAACGCCAACAAAAUAAAAACUAACAACCUCAAUCAACGCUUAUUCAUACAUACGGCGAAUAAAAAAAUCAAUUUGAGCACUUUUUUUUGCAAAAACACAGCUUCAUGUGAGAUAAAUAAAAAAUAAAAAUAAUAAUAAACCUGUAACUGAUAUUUUGUGCUACACAGCCACAGGUACAUACAUAUGUAUGUAAAACAUACAUACAUAUAUUUAGCGCGAGAAUUUAAUAGCGCACAAACAACAAAGCGAUUUGAAUUGGAACAAUGUGUUAAGCAAAAACAAAGCACACAACAACAAUGAGCCGAAAAUAAAACAUACCCAUAUACAUUACAACGUUUCCUUUUACAGUGUGCAUUUGAAACACAUACAUACAUACACGUUUAUCUUGGCGAAUUUUCGGCUUUUUUUUUUUUUUGGUGCUAAAAGUCAAACUGCUGCUCCCAUUUUGAAGCGCACCUUACAUAAAAUUGCCUGCCAGGCGUUGUUGAUGGUGUCGCUCUACAGCUGUUGCGCUUGCAAAAUCCAGUAGAAAAAUAAAACACACACACACACACCAACCAGGCAGAUAAAGUGUGAACACAAAUAAGUGAAGAUAAGGUGUAUGCAGAAAAAAGUUAAAGUGCGAAUUCUGCAAUACAAAAGUUACCAGAAAAAAACGAUAAAAAAAGAAACAAAAAAAAAAAACAAAAAAAAGCUUGCCUUAAACGCAAACGUUAACAAGAUUUUGGUGGCCGUCGAUCGGUUGAUUGGUCGCUCGUUUGGUUGGUUAGGUUUUCCCGUCCUGGCGACGGUAUGGUUACAAAGAAUCAGCUUUUGAAAUUUCGCACACGUUUGUGAAUAAAGCCGGUUGAGUGAGCUGACGUGCUAUUUUUUUUUUUGUUUUUGUUUUUGAUUGCUCCCUUAAAGCCAAGAUUUUGCACAAACACGUAAAGCAAAUGCAAUAAUAUUAAAACAAUAAUAAGAACAAAAAUCUAGUUUAAAAGCCACAAAAAGACUCUCCAACAAAUAAGAAAAACAAAAUAUAAAACUGUAAAACGGUCGACAACGCACUCGCUCGAACUUGUGUAGACAAAAGAAGCCAAUUGACAGCUCAUUUCCUUUUCCUUUUUUCGUAUUUUUCCGUUGUGCGCGCAAAAGUGUUUCGACUUACUUUUUUUCCACGUCUCUCGUUGUUACGUUAACUUUGUUUCAAUAUAUUUUUUCUUAUUUUCUUAUCUUUUCUCUCUUAUUUUUGUGUAGUGUAAGCACUUCAAUUUGCAUAAAUUUUUUCGACACUUUGCACCUUUUUUGUAAAUCACUUUGUAGCAACGUAAGGCAAAGCAACGGAAAGUAUAGACACAAAAUAACAUAAAAAUAACAAAAAACAUACGAAAAAAAGAGUUAGUGCAGAGUAUAAGAACCGCAGCAGCUAAAUAUAAGUGCAAUAUCGACAAUAAGAAUAACAGCCGGCUCGUGUAGCAACAAAAUAUCGGCAAUAUUACUCUACUGCUGACUCCCAACAUUUUCAACGACACAGUGUAUAUGUAUUGACAGCGAAAAAAACGAAAAGCCAAAAAGGAAGAAAGCCGUAAAAGUUAUAAAAAAAAUUUACAACAAAAAGUCACGUCAACACACACACACAAUCAACGCCGUUUGGUGUCUUUAAGUAAAGCACCACAACCACACAGCGAAUGUAACUCGAGAAGAUUACCUUAAUAAAGCGAAGUAACAGUGAUUAAAACGAAUUUAGGAAACAUUUAAGACUAUGGCCACAGAUUCUUCACGAUCCUAAACACCGCCGCCUCGUCCUGUUCUCGCAUAACGUGCCAACGUCCACCAACAAAUAAACACUUUUGAACUCGCCUCCAACAAUAUGUCCUCAUCGAUAUGUCCACACUUCACGCAAAAUGCGUGGAAGAAGGAUCUCUGCUCGAACUGCUUCAAAUCGAAAGACGAACAUAAGCCCGGCAAUAACAUGUACUCGUCCAAAUACGCCAGCGCCAUAGAUAGAUCGAAAUUCACAUCGAAUUUAUUAUCCAAAACCGAUUUGGAUAGCAAAAAGACUGAUUACCCCAACAAAUAUAAAUCGCCCGCAAAGAGCAUUAUGAAGAAAUCGUUCGCUUCACUCAAAUCGAAAGCCACCAAGGGCAAAGCGCAUAAAGUCACCUUUCCGAAGAACAUCUCCGAGGUGAUUGGCGUUGGCGGCGAAUGGUCGGACAAUGAUUCCGAUGACGACGAUGAUCAUGAUUUCAUGAAUAUUGGCAACGAACGCGACGACAAUGCGGCCAGCAGCACCGACGACGAGGAGACACUCGAGCUGAAGCGCAUCACACGCGCCAACACCGAUUUCAAUAUGAACAAUGGCAAUUUGUUGGGUGAUCCACAGGAGAAUAUUAAGCGUUCAUUUGCCGCAUUGAAACUUGGCGCGCCACAAGUCGAUAAAGAAGGUAAGAAGCAAACAUUGAAAAUAAAUGUUAUGCCAUUUGGUGCCACGGCAACUGGGGACAGCAGCAAAGUGGCAACAUCAACGAUUACCGCCACAACAGUGAAGGCCAAAUUCGAGACAAAAGUGAAUGAACCGGCCGAACAGCCGACGCUGAUCAAGCAAUGUGCGACUGUUGUUAAGUCAUUGAAGAAGCCAACGACGGCCGCCACAACGGCUACAAUACCAUAUGCAACGAAGAUCACUACAACAGCUGCAGUUGCUGACUCGACAACAGCAACAGCAACAGCAACAACAACAACGAAAACCGCAACGUCUUACAUGAUGUCCAGUGCCAGUAGUUUGUUGAGCGCCGCACAGAGCAAGCAAGAAGCACUGGCCGCAUGCGAUAGUGAUGGCAAAAAUAGUCCGCCCAUCGAACGCGCCAUGGAGAAAUCGUUGCUGGACGAAAUCUCCGAAACGUUGGAGAAGAAGCAGAGCGAAUGCAAAAAAUUGGCCAGCGAAAAGGAGGUGUCCUCCUCAACCACAAGCACCGCAGCCAUCGUCGUCUCAACCAACGGCAGCAACACGAAUGGCACAGCCAUAGUCACAGCCUCUCCUAAUGCCACAAAUGCGCCAUCAAAGCUUAAAUUCGAGAUUAGCAGUCUCAGCGAUGCUUUGGAGAAUAAGCCAUUUCCUGAGCUUAAGAAGCCGAUCGCACGCAAUCCACCUAUUACAAAGGAUCAUGCCAAACCCAAAAUAAAUGUCUUCCAUAAAUACUCGGACAGCGACAGCAACUGCUCGGACAACGAGAACGGCAUCUCGGCAUACUAUGAUGUGGUCGAAACACAAAUAAGCUACGAGAAUCUACCAGACGGCAAAUGCGAUGCGGAAGAUAAGAAGCUGCCAAGUGCAGUAACCACUGCCGCAACAAUGGCAAGUAAUAACACAACGAACAGCAAAAACAACGACAACUCUUCCAUUUUUUCGAGCUCACAAUACAUCACCGACAUGCUGUUGUCCUCGAAGACACGCGCCGCCUCAUACAAUCUGCACGAAGGCAAUUUUAUGACCAGCAAAAUAACAUCUGAUGGUCUGAUUGUGACCAAGUGCAGUUCGGAUGACGCGCUCGACUCGACGGGCAGCAGUUUCGAUGGCAGCAGCGAUGAGGAGACCUCGUACAAUAUGAUACGCAGCGAAUCGGACUCUGGCAUAGGCAUUAGCAUCGGCAAUGAGUAUAAGAAUUGCGGUGGCGUAGAAAAGGAACGUGUGCGUGUCGAAAAGAAAUUGAGUGUGAGCACAAACAACUCAGAUUACGAGGACAUACAAGUGGCCAAUCAAGCAAACAGUAACACGUCAGCUAAAACCACGACGAAGGGCACACCAGCAGCGCAAACAACAACGCCAACGGCUGCACACAAGAAGCCUGCGUACAUAUUGGAAAAGAGUAGAGAGCUGCAUGGCGAGCCAGAUGGCAGCGCAGAUCCAGAUGGCAGCCUGGAGAACAAUAAGGAGUCUAAAGCCACACAACAGCAGCAGCAACAACAACAUCAGCAGCUACCUGCUCUACCAAAAUCGCCGCCACCCACGAAAAUCAUCGACGCCCGACCCUCCUUCCUGCAUGGCCUACAGAAGCAGCAUCCACCCAUUCUGCUGAAGAAACCCGAUCUGCCUGCGAAACCGGUAGUCUCGCCAACUAGCACGCCACUAAAGUCAUUUGCCAGUAAACGCACACCGACCAAUGCCGAACAGCAAGUCAUCAAUCAACUGCACUUGGUAAUGUCGAAAUCCAAUGAGAACCUGAACUUGAGCAUGGCCGCAGCAACGUCGGAGGCGCUGAAAGAUGAUGCCAAAUUGAAGAAGGGCAGAGCGCCAAAUCCACCACCAGAGCAGAAAACUAGCGCGCCACCAACGCCCGAACGCGACUACAAUGUUGCAUUAGAGUUUGGCGCUAGAAAUGGCGCGGCAGUGCAAGAGAAAAUUGUCCAAAAAGUUGCCAAUUCAGACCAACAACAAACCGCACCGACAAACACUCUACUACAGUCGGCAUCCAAAUUAGGUAAUGAGCAGCACGUAGAUGUCAAAAAGCCAACAAAUCGUGUCGUAGAUGCCGCGGACAAGCCUAAUGGCGGCACAUCUUGUCAAUCAAUCAGCGAACAAACAGCCACAGCCAUAGCAGCCACAACAGCAGCUGCCAAUGCCGCCGUCGCCGCAGUCGCCAAUGUGACACCAAGCAUUUAUACGCGCAAGACUGCGCCUACAACAGCAGCAAACACGACACUAAACAAUCAUACGAACAACACGAAAAACUCCUCAUCGCCGGUCAUACGUGAGAAGGACAAGCGCGAGCGCGCCACUGUCAAUCCCAAGUUCCGCAGCCUCAAUACGUUCGUGACGCAACGCAGCAAUGCGCUAAAGAAUAUGCAACUGCAGUCGGCGACAUCUUCGCUUAGCCUCAAGCAAUCGCUCACACCAGAGCCGAUGCCGAAGCAUCAUAAAAACCUCUCACUAUCCGAGGAAUGUCUGCCCGAUGUCACACAGACCAAUACGACAGUGAAUCUGCCAACAUUGCCGUCCACAGGUGAUAAAAAAUUGGCUUCGCAACAACAGCAGCAACAACAACAACCAACGCCGCCGCAAAAAACAAAAACGAAAUUUUCGAUUAAGAAAUUCUUGCGCAUGGGUGCCAGCAAAACGACGGACAAUCUGCACAAGAAAGACGGUAUCUAUUCCGAGAUUUGUACAGGCGAGGAGACGGGUGUUGUGGGUAAGCCACGUUUGGUGAUCAUUCAUCCGAUCGACAUUAAUCCGACAGCUGUGGAAGUGGUCAAAGACAUAACGAAGACAAGCGAUGCAGUCACUGCGCAAACAGUGGCCGUAGUGACGGCCAAACCACCGGCACCACCAUUGCGCAACAUGGAUGCACAACGUACACACGAACUUAACAAGCCGGCACGUCCGCCGCCACCAAAGAGCGCCGAGUUACGUCGGAAGCAGGCAAUUAUCGGUAUGAAUGCGGUGUCCAUGUCGGUGACAGACUCACCAGUCAGCCGUAAGGCAGGCGGCACGGCAUUAGGUGCGUGCGAAGCAGGUGGUUCUAUCAAAUGCAAGUCGGACAAUGUUUAUGCCAAUUUAGGCGAAAUUCGCUCAUCGAUUGCACCGCGCAAACCAGAACGUACGGCCAGCAUGCGGGAGCGUGAAGCACAAUUGGAAUUGGCACGUAAACGACACGCCGGUACGCGUAAUGAGAACGUCGAUACUAUCUCCAUUUGCUCGUCAAACGGUGAUAAUGUAUCGUUCGAACAUACUAACAACAACAACAGCACAAAUAACCACACAUCAACCAAUCCCAAUGGUGCUAUGGCCACCCACAACAUCAACAACAAUGCCAACAAUAAAAGAAAUCUAAACGCAAAUAAUUCAAAUGCAAUGAGUCCACAACUUUCGUCGGCCGAUAGAGUCGCUGUCACGCCCACAUCGUCAUUGAGCGAGGGUAAAUCACUGGCCGGCAGCCGCACAAGUACCUUUGAACGCCGUAAAAGCGAUCCGAAAAUUGCAAUUGCAAAUAAAUUGGAAAUUUUCGAAAAUCGCAACAAUAAUAAUGCUAGUGUCGCGGCAGCUAGCAACCAUAACAAUGAAGGACGUCCGACAAGUUUGAAGGAUUCGGUGCGUAAAAUUAACAGUACCAUUGACAGUUACUUAAAGGAUAAGCGCGAAUACGAGAAUUUGUAUGAAAUGGUGAAGAGUCCUUCAUCGCCACCAUUGCCGCCAACGCGUUCCGUUGAUUUGACGGCGGGUCAGCGUUUGAUGCCACCCCGACGGGGUAAUAACGUUGCUAGCGGCAACGGUGGCGGCAAUUUGUAUUCUGACACAAUGUCGGUGGCGAGUUAUACGCGCAGUGAAUACGGGCCGGCACGCAAUUACGGUUUGAACAAUAGUUUAGCCAACAUUCCACGCAUAAUUUCUGCCUCAUACUGUGGCAGCGAAGUAGGCGAAUUUGAAAUUUAUGCGCCAUACAGUUAUUAUGGCAGCGAGGCAGGCGGUGAUGUAGCUACGGAUAUCAAUGACAGCGUAUGGGGCAUACCAUCGGCCAUCAAGCAACGUGCAAAAGCUACAAAUCGUUUGCGUAUGCGUAAAGGACGCAGCGUCGUACACAAAACCAUAGAGGACAACUACACCGCAGUGGUUGUGGCUAAUCAUGAAGCCUUGGCGCAGGUGCUGGAUCAGCUCCAGCAAACGCCCGUCAUACCGGCUGCGCUCCGUCCACUAGCCAAUGCCAUCAACUUGCGUUUCGAGGAUUUCACCAUACUAGACGGCGCGCAAGCAUUUGUGGUGGGCAAGAAAGCCUUCCAUGCGGCAUUGUGGACCACAGCGCCCGUCACACUGGCACUAUCGGCCGAUUGCAAUCAACUAUCCGGUCUUGGUGGUGAAUUGAAUCAGCUGUCGGGUGGCAUUUGCGGUGUGCUCAAUCCAAUAACGGAAUUUUGCGAUAUAGUGCCCAGUUACCACUUGCCGUUAAUGCCUUCGACAGCCGUCACACUGUUGCAAGCGACCAUAUCGGUGCUGCCACGCCUACAGCUGGACACACUACAAUCGAUUGGCGCCAUAUUGAAGGGCAAAUCACAGGUGCUCGACAAGAGUAACUUUAACUUCCGUGGCUCUAUACCGAAUUUGGCAGCAACGGCGGGUUUGAAGGACUGCGCCGGCGCGAAUGCGCUACGCAAUGUGAUGUCAGUGCAGAAUUUGAGCACACUAAAUGAAGAGUCCUCGUUGGAGAAGUGUGGUAGCGCUUCGCUGGAGUCGGCAGGCGGGGAGUGUGGCACGGCAGCGGGUAUGCCCGCUUUCGACGAUGUCAUGACACGUGAAGUGGCUUUCAUCAUGCUGCAGCUGGUGAACGGCAUGAAGAAUUUGCAGGCCAAAGCAAUCGAAGAGAUGCCAUUGAGCUUGUCCAAUGUGGUGCUAUCGAAGGAUGUGGAGAAUAAGGAUGCGCAAGCACGUCUCUGCGUGUUGCAAGGCAACAACAAUGACGAAGACGAAUCCAUGGGCACGCUCUGCAAAUGUGCACACAUCGCUCUAACCGAACUGCUGCCAACGACCAAGAUCACACCAAUCGUGGCGGAUAUAUUGUCGCAAGAACGCGCCGAAUCAUUGUCGAAGGCUAAAUCUGUAUUGGAAUUUGUGCUCUGGGGUCCAUCGGACGUAGUGCUCUCGGGCUCGACUAAAGAACGUGAGCUGGCCUUACAGCGUUGGCUGGAUCUGGAGCGUGCCACUGUGUUGCACGGACUCGUGCGCACGCGUGUCGAACUAACGGUCUAUGAUGAAUGUCAUUUAAUGUUCUUGGUGCGUUCCACGGCGAAAAUGAUGAACGAUGCGGCGAAAAUUGUAUGCAGCUAUCAACAGCCGUUGACGGAGCAGCUGCAGCAGCAAGGGGAAUGAUAUGAUUUGAUAUACAGUUAAAAUGUACAUACAUACAAAUAGUGGUUUCGUUUUCGAUUUCGAUUUCUAUAAGGAAAACUUCUUUAAUUGUUAAAAGCCUUCAACAAAACGAAAAAAAACAUCUCACUUGUUUUGGUCACCAAGAGCUGCUCUAGUUUCGUCUAAAAACCAAUGUUUUUGAAAUUUCGCACAUAAUUUGGUAAAUGUUAAAAAAAAAUUGUAUAUAUAUGACACUAUAAACGUGCUAGACACUUAAGUUUUGCUUUAUAAUGCGGCGAAUUGGGAAAUCUAACAGAAGUUGUGGCAGACACAUUUCAUUUUGCGCUCUGAAUAUUUGCUCUAGAUUUAUGUUCAUGCGUUGUUUUUUCACUAAACUCCCGUGAAAAACUGUCAUUUUCAUUGUUUUUUUUAAUUAGAAAAUUAUUUAAUCUCGCUUUAGAAAACAAUUUGUAUACUUACUUUUAUUAAUUAGUUAACCGUUAUGCAAUGCAUAUAAAUGAAACUCGAAACAUUGUUUAUAAAAAGUAUGGAAGAGUAAAUAUGUAUGUAAAAAAUCGUUUAUUUAUUAGAAAAUAUAUUAAACACUUUCCAAAGUAAGCCUUUUGUUUCGCUUAAUAAAGUGCCAAAUUUCAAAAAAAAAAAUCAUACAUAUACAUAUAUUAAAACUAUCAUAAUAAUUUUUA